AUGCCGCCCCGAAUAAACAUCCCGCCAGUAACGCGCAUCUGCCUCAUCGUGCUGCUUGUCCAGUCAGUGCUGAGCGCCGCUAUACGAUACCGACAAUGGACGGCCAACUCUGAAAUCGUUAUCCCAUAUCUGAACCUGAUCCCACAGCUAUCACUGGUCUACCCCUGGACCUUUUUGACGACGACACUAGUCGAGAGCAACAUCUUCACCCUGAGCAUUGCCGGCUUCACACUCUACCAUGGCGGCCGCUACCUCGAACGUGCCUGGUCAGGCCGGGAGCUUGCCAAGUUCCUGCUCAUCGUUUCCCUUGUGCCAAAUGCCUUGGUCUUUGCUACCACCAUCUUCUUCUUUGCCCUGACAAGAAAUGAGGGGUGGACGCUCAUGACUAUCGCCGGAACCAUCCCCAUCCAGAUCUCCUUCCUCGUCGCCUUCAGCCAGCUUGUCCCCGCACACACCGUAACCCUCUUCAGGGGCAUCCUCUCCCUGCGGGUACCUCGAUUUCCCCUCCUUUACAUCGGCCUCGUCACCCUCCUCUGCCUCACCCCGAUGCUCACCGCCGCUUCGUUCCUCCUCGCCAUCUAUGGCCUCAUCGUAAGCUGGACCUACCUCCGCUUCUACAAGCCCGUCUUCCCCGAUCUCGAUGCAUCGCAACCCGCCCACCUCCGCGGCGACGCCAGUGAGACUUUUGCGUUCGCCCAGUUCUUCCCCGGCCCCGUCCGGCCUCUGGCCUCGAGCAUCUCAGAUCAAGUGUUCAACGUCCUCGUUGCUAUGCGCCUUUGCACACCCUUCAGCGCUGCUGAUGUAUCAGCCGCCCGGGGAGACCACCACCACCACAACUUUGCUCAGCGCGGUGUGCCGGGUAGUGCUCGCGCCGAAGCUGAAAGGAGGAGAGCUCUGGCGUUGAAGGCGCUUGAUCAGCGACUACACGCUGCCACGGCGAAUGCGGCGGCCAGGGCGUCGAACGCACCGCCUCCACCAGCGGUUGUUCCUCCUAUUCCCUCGGCGACGGGACCAACAGUACAGAGCCAACCGCAAGCUGGAGCGCAAAAGACCAUGACGGUGCAGGGUGGAGGAGAGAUGCUGGGGGAGACAUCGUAUAACCCUGAUGGAGAUGACCACAAAUAG